GCUAUGCUCGUUGGAAAGUGUCUCUGCCUAUGAAUGUGUAUGAGUAAAUGUCAGCUAUGCAUGUGGGGUAUAUGUAACUCGUAGUGAGUGCGCACAUUCUGCCGUACAUAUUCGUGCACGCUAAUGUUAUCUCUUUUCAACGCGCUCAGUUCGAACGUAUAUAUUUCAUGGACAUGCGUUUAGUAGAGUGUUCAAGCAGUUUGCUAGUAGAGUGUGACUGAAAGGGUGUUUGAUGCUUAUACACAAACUCAUAGGCAUUUUGAGUUAUUUCAUGCCGUUGAUUUACUUAUUCAACCACCACAAACUACUUACGAGAGUCUCGCCUGAGAGGCUAUGUCUACUUCGGGGGCACUCGUAUUCUCGCAUUCUCCGAAUUGUCAGCGAGUUGGCCAGCCAGCACCUCGAACAGGUUUCAUGUUUGUCGAUCGGAAACAGAAAGGUGCUCAAUUCAGUGCAGUGUGGAGGCAUUCGCGCGUCAUUGCUUCGCGGAAAAAUUUGUAAGAAUUAAUAAUCUGAUAAUUAUUAUUUGUCAUGAUCUAAAGACAAUUGUGUUCAGUACAAAAAUAAUUUUCUUUAAGAAUAAAUAACAUCAAAUUAAACCGUGAAAGUGAACAUUAAAUAAAAAAAUCUAUAAUUCCAAAAGCGAAAUAUAUAGCAAAACAGAAGCGCUGAAGUAAGUCUUCUGUGAAAAUCGAGUUUGAAAUGACAAAUAUUGUUUUAAAUAAUUUUUGGAAAGAAUUAAUAAUUCGUUUACUGCGACUAACAUAAGAUAAUAUCGCGAUACUCGUCGGAGAAGAAAAAGGGUAAAAGGAAGACCGUAUGACCUGCUAAGGGUAUUCGUCAAAUAAACAGUGAUUUGUGAAGAAUACUAUAAAGAAGAGAAAACUCAAAAAAGAAUCAUAGUUAAAGAUAUAAAAUAUUUGACUAAAAGAAAAAAAUACUAUUUAUACUUUGCUAAGUGACUGUGCGAGUUUUAGCAAAGUCUAAUAUGCUGAGAGCUUAGCAAAAAAAUAGAACGAAAUAAUAAGAAUAAAUAUCUUUGAAAAUACCCCAACAACAAUAAAGUCCUAAAAGUUUUACGAAGAAGAGAAUACAAAAAAAAAAAAAAUUGGAAAUAACUCAACAACAAUAAUGGUAUAAAUGAUACAAAAUGGUUUCAAAACAGUGCAAAUUAAAUAAAAGAAACUUGAAACAGUGCGUUAGAAAGUGUUUUUAGUGUAAAACUGCAAACAAUAUAUUAAAAUAUAAUAAAGUACAUAGAAAAUAAUUCGAUCAAAAAUAAAAACUUCAUUAUUAGAAAAAAAUCGAAUAAAAUCAAAAGCAAUUAAAAAAUAAACAAAUACAAAAUUUACUCUAUUCGCCUGUGAAUUAAAAAAAAAAAACGUUAAAGUGUACGCGGCAAUACCAUCUUACCACACCUAUAACCACAACAGCAACAUGUUGACGAUGGAAUCGGAUAUGAAAGGCGGUAUAUUGCAUGCAACUAUGCCGCCGCAUCAUGCAUCCGCAGCGUUGCAUGGUCAUGCCACCUCACCAUAUAGCGCGCUAGGGCCACUUAUGAAUCUUGGUCAGUCACAUUUGACGCAAUCACAUCUGUCACAGCAUCACCAUCAUCAUAUGGCCACACAUUUGGCUAAUAGUGGAGGCGGCGGCCAGCAAAGCUCACUGCUGGGUGGCAAUAGUAAUGGUUUGACCAGUAAUCCGUUAAGUUCAUUGCAAACUAGCAUGGCAAAUACACUAAAUGGUAGCGCUUCUAGCCUACAGCAACAACAGCAUCAGCAGCAACAACAACAACACGGUUCUCCUUUACACAGUUCAAGCGAUUUAAGUCCCACACAAUCGAGUAUUGGCAGUCAUCACAUGACCUCGCCUAGUGGUGGCGGUGGACAACAGCAAUCGCAUCACCAUUCCGGCGGUGGUCAUCAUCCCGGUAUGGGUGGAGGUGCGCCAAUUGGUAGUGCUGGCCCACAGAACUUAGGCGGCGGCGGCGGCGGUAGUCAUAAUGUGAAUAACAACAACUCAGCGACGGCAAAUAAGAAUCAACAAAAUGCUGAACGCGUUAAACGGCCUAUGAAUGCGUUUAUGGUGUGGUCACGUGGUCAGCGACGUAAGAUGGCUUCGGAUAAUCCUAAAAUGCAUAACUCAGAAAUUUCUAAACGUUUGGGCGCACAGUGGAAAGAUUUGUCAGAGUCUGAGAAACGUCCAUUCAUUGAUGAGGCGAAACGACUCCGCGCUGUGCAUAUGAAGGAGCACCCCGAUUACAAAUAUCGGCCACGACGCAAGACAAAGACAUUGACUAAGUCGAAGGAGAAAUAUCCUAUGGGUGUGGGUUCGCUAAUGCAGGCUUCAGAACCGAAUACUCCUACCACUGCGCGCAACAAUGGUGGUGCCUCGAUUGCGGCAGCACAACAAGCCGCGGCUGUCAAUCGCGACAUGUAUCAGAUGAGCGCACCAAACGGCUACAUGCCCAAUGGUUAUAUGAUGCACGAUCCCUCAGCCGCGGCGUAUCAGACGCAACACAGCGCCUACAUGGGCAACUAUCAUCGCUACGACAUGGGUCAAAUGCAUCAGGCGGCCGCUGCAGCGGGCUCACUGAAUUAUAUGAAUCCGGCGGCUAGUGGGGGCUACAGCAUGUACGGCACUGUGUCGGGCGGCCAGACAUCACCUUAUGCCAGCAUACAACAGCCUGGCUCUCCAUACAGUAAUGUCCAGCAGCAACCCGGUUCACCGUACGGCCUUUCAGGUGGCGGCGGUGGUGGCCAGGCUGGCUCCCAAGUGUCCUGCCAAAGUCACAGCCCCAGCGACUCGAGCAUAAAAUCGGAACCUGUUUCGCCAAGUCCGCUGCAUAGUCAAGCGCAACAGAAUUCUGCUGCCGUAAUAGCCGCCAACAACAACAAUCACAUAAUGAAGCGAGAGUAUGGUGCGACGCAGCAAACAUCAGAUUUAAAUCAUCUGAUGAAUAUGUAUCAUCUUCCCGAUGGAAUGCAAGCGUCAGCAGCAGCAGCAGCCGCAGCUGCUGAGCAUCAACGCAAUCUUAUGCAUUAUCAGAAUAGCUCGCCAGAUUUGCACCAACAACAACAGCAACAUGCGCAGCAUCAACAAUCGAUGCGCGCAAUGGCGCCACUCGCUCACAUGUGAGAAAUGGCCAGUGCA